AUCAAAUAAAAAAUCCGGGAACAGAGGUAAGCGGAGAGCAGUUGUCGAAUUCCUCUUCUCGGCGUUAAAUCCAAUGGAGAGGGAUUGAAAAGGACUCAUCGAUCCUGUUCUUAGUGUUCAGGCCGCCAUGUCGCUGACUAACGGGAUACUGCUUUUAUCUUCUUCUUCGUGUUUGCUUUGUGGAAGCUUUUAUAAUAAAACCGUUACUAACUUCCCAAGCCAAAACUCGAGUGAUGUUUCGUUAUUAAGCUUCACAGCACAAACGAACUCAUCUGAAUCUCGCAUCUCUAGGGUUUGUGAUUGGCCUUGUUUGCGGGACAUGCGUUUUGCUGAUGGCCGAUGGAGGCUGAAGGCCGCCGCAGGUACUCGCAUUGUAGACAGUGCGCCCUCUAGACUCAGUACCGUCGAAAUACCUGUUAAUUGUUACCAGCUUAUUGGUGUCUCUGAUCAAGCUGAGAAAGAUGAAAUUGUUAAGUCAGUUAUGGAUUUGAAAAGGGCUGAGGUUGAGGAAGGUUACACCAUGGAUGCUGUUCUGUCACGCCAGGAGCUUCUAAUGGAUGUGAGGGAUAAGCUCCUCUUUGAACCAGAAUACGCUGGGAACCCAAAGGAAAAGAUCCCUCCUAAAUCUCCUCUUAGAAUCCCCUGGGCUUGGUUGCCUGGUGCCCUCUGCCUUCUUCAAGAGGUUGGGGAGGAGAAACUUGUGCUGGAUAUUGGCCGGGCAGCUCUUCAGCAUCCAGAUGCUAAGUCAUAUAUUCAUGAUUUGCUUCUGUCUAUGGCACUAGCUGAGGUGCUUUCUUGAAGUGUGCAAUUGCAAAGAUUGGUUUUGAGAAGAACAAAGUGUCACAAGGAUCUGAAUCUCUUGCUCGUGCUCAAUAUUUGCUCAGAAGUAAAAUAUCUCU